AUGAUCAAGAACCGUCUUGAAUGGCAUCAUGGAAGACGGAUUUGUAGAAGCAGAAAGUAUAAAUCUACCAAGGGAUCUGAUGGCAAUCCAGCGGUGAUCCAGACAGCAUCCUGGUAUCUAGACUCGGUCUUGAGAGUCUGUAGCGUUUGGCCGGAGCAGUUGCAGCAGAUUGCAGCCGCUUGCUUCUGGAUCGCUCAGAAAAUUCAUGGACCUGUGGCCUCCGCUUCUAUGCUUAUUAAAUGUGCAAACGGAGCAUUUAGUAAAACACAAUUAUUGAGGGCUGAAGAGGCGAUCUUAAUGAAAUUGAAAUUUCCAUCGCAACCAGUUGUACCUCAAGAUUAUAUAACUUACUUGUCCUGGUGGUUAGAUGACGCUCAUCCCGAUGAAAUUGAAAUAGCAGCGGUCUUUCUCUGCUUAUGCGAUUUAAUGGUAAAUAAAACACUCUGCAAUGAGUUACCGUCAGUAAUCGCCGCAGCUUGUGUACAAGCCUUACGCCUUACUGCUGCUGGGGAAACGGGACUUGAUGCUGCGUCUUGA